AUGGGAAGAAGAAACAGAGCACCCUCCUCUGUUUGCCCUGUUCUUCUCUGUUUCUUACUCUACAUCUCUUUUGUCUCCGAGCCCUCUAACGCCCAGUCUUUGCCGGCUUUCGCCUGCAACGUUGCAGGAAACAAUUCUCUUGCCGGGUUUGGGUUUUGCAACACCAAAAUAAAAAUCGAAAGCAGAGUCGCCGAUCUCGUUGGGAGACUAACGUUGCAAGAGAAGAUAAAAUUUUUAGGGAGCAGCGGAAACGGUGCGAGCCGCUUGGGGAUUCCGACGUAUGAGUGGUGGGCAGAGGCACUUCACGGGGUAUCUUUCAUCGGACCAGCCACUCGUUUUAGCAAGCUUGUCCCUAGCGCCACAUGCUUCCCUCAAGUUAUUCUCACCGCUGCUUCGUUCAAUGUCUCUUUGUUCAAGGCUAUUGGCAAAGCUGUGUCGACGGAGGCGAGGGCAAUGUACAAUGUGGGAUUGGCUGGAUUAACGUAUUGGUCACCUAAUGUGAACAUAUUUCGUGACCCGAGAUGGGGAAGAGGACAAGAGACUCCAGGAGAGGACCCAACACUGUCGAGCAAAUACGCGGUAGCAUAUGUCAAAGGUCUUCAGGAGACUGACGGUGGGGAUCCUAACCGUCUAAAAGUUGGUGCUUGCUGCAAACACUCAACCGCCUAUGACCUUGAAAAAUGGAAAGGAGUUUCACGUUAUACUUUUAACGCCGUGGUGACGCAACAAGAUUUGGAUGAUACAUACAACCCACCAUUUAAGAGCUGUGUGAUUGAUGGGAAUGUGGCUUGUAUCAUGUGUUCUUACAACCAAGUUAACGGUAAACCCACUUGCGCGGAUCCUGGUUUGCUUUCGGGUCUAAUCCGCGGUCAAUGGAAAUUAAACGGGUACAUUGUUUCGGAUUGCGACUCAUUAGGUAUUUUGUAUGGUGCACAACACUAUACCAAGACUCCAGAGGAAGCAGCAGCUAAAUCUAUACUGGCAGGUUUGGAUCUAAAUUGUGGUUCUUUCUUGGGUAACCACACAGAGAAUGCGGUCAAGAAGGGGAUGAUCAAAGAAGCAGAUAUCAACAAAGCGAUUUCGAACAAUUUUGCCACUCUGAUGCGCCUAGGAUUCUUCGACGGUAACCCUAAGAAUCAACCCUAUGGUAGUUUGGGUCCCAAGGACGUGUGCACGGCUGAACACCAAGAACUAGCUGCGGAAACCGCAAGGCAAGGCAUUGUCUUGCUCAAGAACGUAGCUGGUUCACUACCGCUCUCUCCUUCCGCCAUCAAAACGUUGGCUGUGAUCGGACCAAAUGCUAAUGUCACAAAAACCAUGAUCGGAAAUUACGAAGGCGUGGCAUGCAAGUAUACAACACCGCUUCAAGGACUUGAGAGGACCGUGUUGACAACGAAGUAUCAUCGUGGCUGCAACAACGUGACGUGCGUAGCGGCGGAUUUAGUUUCAGCUACGGCUCUGGCGGCAUCUGCGGAUGUGACGGUGUUAGUAAUGGGAGCCGAUCAAUCUAUUGAGAAGGAGACAUUAGAUCGCAUAGACCUGAAUCUUCCCGGAAAGCAGCAAGAGCUAGUGACUCAAGUGGCUAAGGCGGCAAAAGGACCGGUGGUGCUAGUCAUAAUGUCCGGUGGAGGGUUUGACAUUACAUUCGCCAAGAACGAUGAGAAGAUCAAAAGCAUUAUGUGGGUCGGAUACCCUGGUGAAGCCGGUGGUCUCGCUAUUGCUGACGUCAUCUUCGGUCGCCAUAAUCCGAGUGGGAAUUUGCCGAUGACGUGGUAUCCUCAGUCUUACGUGGAGAAAGUUCCGAUGACGAACAUGAACAUGAGACCCGACAAAUUAAGCGGGUAUCCGGGUCGGACUUACCGGUUUUACACCGGAGAAACCGUAUACGCCUUCGGACAUGGGCUCAGUUACAGUAAUUUCAGUCACCAGCUUCUUAAAGCUCCGAAGCUCGUCUCUCUCAAUCUUGAAGAGAGUCACGCUUGCCUAUCAUCGUCGGAGUGUCAAUCACUGGACGCGUUCGGACCGCAUUGCGAUAAUAACGCCGUCGGUGGAAGAUUGGAUUUCGAGGUUCAACUGAAGGUAACGAACGCCGGAGACAGAGAAGGGAGCCACACGGUGUUUCUGUUCACGACGCCGCCGGAAGUACACGGAUCUCCGGUUAAGCAUCUUCUAGGGUUUGAGAAGGUUCGUCUGAGAAAGAGCGAAGAAGCGAUGGUUAGGUUUAAGGUUAAUGUGUGUAAGGAUCUGAGUGUGGUUGAUGAAAUCGGAACGAGGAAGAUUGCUUUAGGCCAUCAUCUUCUCCACGUGGGUAGCUUGAAACACUCCUUGAACAUUACUGUCUGAUUCUAAAGUUUGAUUUUUUCCUUUUCUAUA